AACCGCGGGCAGCAUCCCCAUCGAACUCGUUCAGACUACUAAUGGGAUUCUUUCUACCGCGAGUAUCUGGGUCCCGCCCGUAUCCCAAAAGCCGCAGUGGCAAGAAGAGCGCAGUGUCUGUCGGUUAUGUUGCGAAUUAAAUUCAUUUGGCCUUGUUGGUUCUGUAUGUGGAGAGUGGCGCGAGGCAGCAUGGGCUGACACAUGAAUGGAACGGAUACGCGGCCCUCAAUUGAAUCGUGUUCUCGCACGGGACGGGACGGGACGGGACCAGCAGGCCAGAAUGAUAUAGGCAGCAAAUGACCUUAUCAUUGAAUCGUUCCACACGCCAACCGAUUACCCGUCCACGCACAGCGCAUCGCAUGGCCGCCACUCAAUUGGUACUUAUGAAACGCAGUGAUUGCUGGCACCCGGUAUAAUGCCGCCGAGAACCGGCAUACAGUUCGAUGGAUAUGGUAACAGAAGCGUUAGUUUGGAGAAUAGGAUAACUCCCAUAGUGUGCGCCUGGUUGCUUGCUAAAUCCUCUCGUAUGGAGGGCCGGAGAUAAUGUUGCAGCAUUUGCCAGGGUCUCGAUGGGCCACAGAUGCACGAGGAGUGAUCGCUUGAUCGAAAGGAGUUUGAUGUGAUCAGUUCUAUUCAAAGCAGAGCAGAUGGGUGCCAAGUAAACAGUAUUUAAAAAAAAUCCAUAAAAAUUAGAAAACCGAUGGGUAAACCUGUUGAACACAAAUAAAGUGUAUCACGUUCCACGUUUCCAUCCUGUGUUGCAGCUGAUGUGGGAAGUUCCAAACGUGAUAAGAGUAGUGUUCCUACCAGCAGGGCAACGAUUAUGUUAUUUAUUUCACUAUGAAACUAGGUAUGCAAAUCCAGCCUAUUUGCAUCGUACUCGAAGAAGAGGUAAUCCCUGACUGCCUGACUAACUGGUUUUGCCCUUUUGGCAGCAGCAUGCCGUGUAGAUGUUAUAGUGGUCCUGGACUCUCCUCGUUGCGAUUACGCAGAUGCACUCACAGAUGAAAUAAAUAUUUCAUUGUUGACAUUCACUGUGAACCAAUGAAGCUUCCCUGCCUAUCGCAUUCUACUCUGCAGCAUCUUCAUUUUCUAUAAAAUAGUGCCGGAUGAUCGCACGAUCGCCAGUGAUAGUGGAUCGACUAGUCUCGACUAGUCUAUCAAGGUUGAUCGGAACCAAGAUUUCUACUCACCCGGAAGAUGGCGACCAGAAAAAUCGUCAUUUGCCUACUGAUAGUCGUGCACGUGUGCAGUGUGUUGUCUCAUAACGAUCCCGCCUGCACUACACCUGUUCGUAAGGCAGGAUUCUGUGUCCCAAUCGAACGGUGUCGGAACAUCAACCGCAUUGUGCAGUCACGUACACCACCUAGCAGGGGCAUCCAGAAUUAUAUAAAUCGUGCUGGCUGCACUCUGGCCGGUGUGGCACGUAGUAUCUGCUGCCUACCAACGGAAAUCGUUCCUGAUACAUCCGUGUCUAAGUGGCGCUUGUUACCGACGGAAACGUGCGGCAAAAGCACCUACCAAAAAGUAGGCUGGGGCAAUACGACGGAUCCAUUCGAGUACCCGUGGAUGGUGGUGCUGCGGUAUGAGAGAGAUGGCGAAUUUAAAGAUCAAUGCGGAGGAUCGUUGAUCAAUAACCGCUACGUGUUGACGGCCGGUCAUUGCGUGAGAACCGAGAACCGUUGGAAUCUAAUUAGUGUACGACUUGGCGAGCAGGACAAGAGCAAACCGAUUGAUUGCAUAGUUUACAGCAAUGGAGAAAGGAGGUGUGCGGAUCCACCGAUUGUGCUUGGCAUAGAAUCAACGGUUGUGUAUCCCGGAUACAAUAGACCGUUUGCUAGGCACGACAUUGCUUUAAUUCGGCUGCCACAAGAAAUCACAUACAGUGAUUCCAUUCAACCGAUUUGCCUACCAACCAGAGAGGAUGUUCGCAAUCUGCUACUGCCUAGGUUUAUUGUGGCCGGCUGGGGUAAGACAGAGAACGAAACGGAUUCUGAUGUUUUAAUGCAAGCAACGCUGGAUUCGGUGCCAGUGCCGGAAUGCCAAGGCACACUGAGGAAAAAUGGCGUAAUAAUAGACCUUUCCGAGGAGCAUCAGAUGUGCGCUGGUGGGAAAAACCGUAUUGACUCGUGCAGAGGCGAUUCAGGAGGUCCUUUAGGUUUCAGCGUAGCACUCAUAGGGGCACGAUUUGUUGAAUAUGGAAUUGUGUCGGCCGGUAUUCAAUCUUGUGGUCAGCGGAGUGUACCGGGAAUUUAUACUCGUGUAGCUCCCUACAUGGAGUGGAUAGCAGAAAACAUUCAACCGUAAUCGUGACCAUCCCGGUGUGUCGGCUACGACCUCGCACGUAACCUGUUCUAUCUAAGCAACAUAAAUAUUUUACUCAAAAUGAAAUGCAAAACAAUCAAAUAAA